UAAAUUUUGACAAACGGCAUGUUUUGUAUCAUGAUAAUUUGGCAUGUUAUCCGCAUGCAUAUAGAAAUUUAUAAUACCUAAACUUUUGGGCGUGUAUUAAAGUAAAUUGUGAUUCAACGAAGAAAAUUAUGGCUUAGACAAUUGGGGGAUAGUCAAGGACUUUAAGGGAACUUACGUGCCAUUGAACCAUUUGCAUAGCAUGGAUGUGUAUAUGAUUUUGUACAUUUGCUUUUUACAAGGACUGCUUGUUUCAGCGUUAGAAAAGACAUGCACAGACUCUAAGUGCUUGGGCGAAAGAGACGGCGAUUUUUAUACCAAAGCUGGCAGAGGUGAUGAUUUAGAGACAGGACAUGAUGGGCGGAAGAAACGUGAAACAGAAAAUGCUUACAGAGUGCAAUUCUAUGUACGUAUCAGUGAGAGUGUAACGAAAUUAUUCCAGAAAGAAAGGAUCCUUAAAAAUAUUGAAGAGUAUUUACACAAGGAUGUUAAUGUUAACUCACAGGACGUAUUCAAUCUAACAAUGGAUCAUGAUCAAAUAACUAGUGAAAUUGAUGCACACCACGUUUCGUUUGUUUUACAACCUAAAACCGAAAGCAUUGACGUUAUCAUUCAAACACUGGAGAAUCUCGUAGAAAUGGGAACUAUAAUUAAAAUGUUUGGAUUUCCGGUGCACAUGCAUCCAGAAUAUUUUGAGAAAAAAGAGAUUCUGUGGGAUGGAAUAAAAACAGUUUUACGCUUUGAGACAAUGAUGGAUUAUGGACUGCUGGAAGACAAAGGCAUAUUAGAUGGAGAAAACCAUAUUGCAACAUUUUUACAUGAACAGUUUCAGAUUUCUCUUCGAGAUAUAUAUGAUAUGGCUCUAAUGAGAACAAAAGAGGAUAAUACUGCUGUCGAGUUUUCGAUACCACCCAUAAUGCCACUGCCUAGACCGACAUUGUUAGAACAUAUGGAGUUAUUCUUUGGCGGUCCGUGUAAGGAUACCUGCAAACAGUCAGGUGGUACGAACACAAUGGAUGACUGUAAAUCAUGUGGAUAUGUCAGCGUAUUCGGGACAAAUGUAUACACAAAGAAGCAGUCAUUCCAGUCAAGAACAGAAACAUGGACAGGACAUGAAAGGAGAUUUACAAUCAUGGCGGAAACCGAAGGCAAAGCGUGCCCUGACCACCAGGAAAUUUGCACAAAAGGUCAGAGUGGAUUAAAGUGCGUUGGAAUUGGAAGAUGUGAUCCAAACUUUUACAAGACAGUUAAUGUGUCAAUUGAAGUUCAUGGAAGUAUAAGACUUUUAGAUGUUUACGGUUUAGACGUAGCGAUUGCCGCUAUAGAGGACAGCAUGGCAGACUUGCACGGAUUUUGUAGGAGUGCUAUACAUGCCAAAUUGUUUGAUCAUGGCAGAACCAAAACAGGGCUACUAGUAUGGGUACAGCCUUCUCUUGGGAGGAAAGUGUCUAUGGAAAAGUUUCUUGACAUGAUACAGAACAAUGAUGACAUAGCGGUUGACAAUCUCAUUGUGUCAAAGGUAGAAAAUUCGUUGUCGGUAACCUAUUCCGAACCACACAAACCGAUUCCUAGGUACAUAGAUAACGAUUGCUUUGGAUGUGCCAGCAUAGAGGUCUGGUGCAUAUUGCCGGAUAUAUCAUUGUGUCUUUCGAAAUUUGAGUGCCUAGACCAGCAAGCAUUGGCAAUGAAAUUCGCGCCUGAUACAGAAAUAGUUCGUGUCAGUAUUUUAAUGUCAAGCGAAACAGAAUUUGUCGAUGUUACGGAUGAGUUUAAAGAUGUGAUGAAACAACAAAUAGCAGACCAGCUCUACUGCUCAGCUGAACUUUUGAGAAAUGUUAAUAUGGUCACAGCAGAAGAUGAAUUAUUGGAGUUAGGGUUUGAAAUUAUCCUCCGAGAUAACAAUGCAGAACUCAAAGAACUUGUCAUUCAUCUUCAACGCAUCACCGACAGAGGGGAAAUGUACAUUAAAACAACAGAAGCAUCAUUGACGGCUGUCUCAAACAGUCUUUUAUAUCAGCAGUUUAUCUCUGGCUACCCGAAACCAAAGAAAGACGAACUCGUUUCUUCGCAUUUAGGGAAUGCAGUAACAGGCGGAAGCUUUUUCGCUUUACUUAUUCUGGUCAUUACACUGUUUAUCAAAGCUGGAAGAAAAUUACACACGAGACGGGUUUACCAAACACAAGGCGCCAGUGUACAAAAACAAAAGCAUGCUGAGAAAGCCUCAUAUAAGCGGCAACAGACCUUUUUGGAAAGAAAAUAGUGGGAGGUUACACGCGCUGUUGCGAUUUCUCCCGUGGAUUAAAUAUAUUUUCUAUAGCCUUGAUCACAGGCUUGAUUGGACUGCUUAAAGUGUAUGAAUCCUGACACUAAAUUCAUCAUAGCUUCUAGUGAACAUAUCAGUAAUGCAUUUUAUAUUUUUGUACAUCACCCAUUGAAUUUCUUAAAUAUUUUAAAGACAAAACGUUUUCUUGCACUGUCAAGUUUAGUCCGUCAGUUUGAGACCCUUUAUCGUCUGAUAUAUAACAAAGGGUUGAAUUGAACAUGGUUAAUUUCGAAAAAUAGUUUUCAAUUUAUUUGUUUUGAUAUUUUAAAAGAUUGUUUAUUCUAUUUUGCUAACGGCGUAAAGACUGGACACACUGCUUAAGACACUAUACUAAAUAUAGAAUACACUGACACAGAUACUAUUCUUACAUUUAUUGACUACUACAAUUGAGUAUCACGUUAUUAAAUGUAUUGUUGUGACUUGCAAUUGUUUGUUUGUUUUGAGGGUAUAGCUUUUCCUUAUUUUAAUGGGAAUUGGUUGUUUGAAUUGAAUUCAUCAUCAUCCAUGCGACCUUUCCUUUUCUAAAAAGGUAUGAAUACUUUCUUCGUUGAAUAUGCUUAGAAAUCAAUUAAUUUUCUUUAGGGACAACUUUCGAGAGCCAAUGAUUGAGCCACGCCUUGAUGGUAACUGCCAACAAACAAGAAACGUUCCUAUAUAUAGUUCUUUUUAUACACUUGAAAAUCCACGAAUUAAACCCGGAAAGAAACAGUUAUUUAAGUCAAAUCCACAUAAUUUAAACAAUCAUUGUUUCUUAAAUAGCGAGCGUUGUUUUCGACAGGCCUAAUUUAUAUCCCCCUAAUUUCAUCCCGUUAUACGAUGCUGUGUAAAGUAAAUGAUUAUUUCACUGCAGAUACUAAAUUGUUGAAAUUGUUCCCAUGUACUCAAACAAACAAAUUAUAUGAACUUGCCCCUUAUCUUUUAAUUUAGUUUUAGCUCAAAUAUAUUUUAUAUUCUUACUAUAAUAGUAUUUAAUACUAUAAAUGGUCUGAGUUGGGUAAUUAUUACUGAGCAAAUCUAUUUUAAUCUAUUGAUGAAUAUUUUAUAACAUAUUCACCUACAGCCAGAUCACAUGUUAUAUCAUAAUGACCCGAAAGGUCGCAAGGUCGAUUCCCGGUCAUUGAAAAUGUUCUCCGAAACGAGCUGGAAGACAACCGCAACUUCAAAGUAAUUCAUUCUGGUACUUAUCCUGGACAGCAAAUCAGCAUUGCUACAUCCCACUGCUCGGAUUAUUUGACCACUGUCAUGUAUCUGAUAUCCUUUCCGCUCCUGUAACGUGAUAAAACGUAUUGGCGUCUGAUGGCCCUUUCACGCUUCCGUAGAAUCAACGUUUUUAAACGAAACUCAUUUUGAAAAUAUUUCUGAAAUGUCUAGGUAUGCAGCUUUCAAAUACGGAAAUAUCUUACACCCGAGCUUAUACUGACACUUUCAGACAACAUCAAAAAUGACCUUUUGAGCGAUUCAAAUGACGGAGUUCCAAAAAAUCUCUCUGUACCCUUGCUUCGUUACGGACCCCUUUGGGAUUUGUGUUUAUUGCGAGUUCAAAUAUUUUUUCGUAGAUGAAAAGUUGACAUGUCGUUCUAAAGCCCAGGUAUUUUCAAAUUGUUAGAAAAUGUUGAAAAUUGACUCCCCAUUAGCAAAAACAAAAAAAGUCCACGCGCAUAUAAAUUUUGACGGGGUGACCCCUGCGCGUGACCCCUGACUAUCGACCAAUCCAAAGGGUACUUUAGUUUUCAAGUUUUUCAUGUCUACUUUCAUUUUCUUUACUCCCGGAAAAAGCUGAAGAUCGAGUGACGUCAUUUUCUGUGUUGUCGAAAACAUACUUAUGCCUGGCGAGAUUGCAUAAAAAUGUUCCCGGUGUCUUAAGGAUAUUUUAUAGAAAAACAACAAUUAACUUAAACAACAGAAACUCGCUGUGAAAAAAUAUAAUUUAACAUUCAUCGCUUGAGCAUUUGGUAUGACUAUUUGGUACAUGUGUGUAACGCUCAUGUUAUAGCUACCAAAACACAUUGACUUCACAGUCAAUAUUGUUAUUUGGUGUCAAUCUCUUUUACAAUGAUUCCUAACCUUUCAACUGUCACUUCGCUCAAAAAUCAUUUUAGCAUAAAUGGUGUUAGUGCUAAUUAAAUAUCGUAUUAACAAGUUAAAGCAUAGCAAAAGUUCCUUCUAGGGCACAUCUAUAUAGAUUCUAAAUAUAUAAUAAUCAUCUUGUAAAAUUUGGGUUGCAAUGUCUGUUUAAAAUAUCGGUCAUCAGUGUGCGGAACCCCAGAAUCGGACACAAGGACAAGACAUUUCUACCAUACUGACAUUCCGUAUCCUCCCGUUUAAUCAGGGAGUCAGUGGCGCAGUGGUUAGCAGUUUGGACUACGCCAGCGAUCCGCGUUCGAUUACAGGACCCGGAUCGAUUCCCGGUUGCGGCUGAUAUCCCGACUAGUGUUCAGUACUGGGUG